CCCCCGCCGCGAGGACCCGGGGCGGCGAGCCCAGGGCUAGUGCGCUCCCGAAGCCCGGCAGCCGGCUGGAACCUGGCCCGGCCAGCAGGCUUCAUGGCGGCGAGGCCGGUGUCCCGGAUGCUGCAGCGGGUGCUGAGGUCCAGCGUCCGGAGGUGCAGCUCGGGCGCUCCAGUGACGCAGCACCGCCCGGGGGAGCCCUCCCGAACUGCUGCGGAGGAGCUGUCCAGGCGGAGACAGUUCCUGCGGGAGCACGCAGUCCCCUUCUCUGCCUUCCUCACCGACAGCUUCGGCCGGCAACACAGCUACCUGCGGAUCUCCCUCACCGAGAAGUGCAAUCUCAGAUGUCAGUACUGCAUGCCUGAGGAGGGUGUCCCACUGACCCCCAAGGCCGACCUGCUGACCACAGAGGAGAUCCUGACACUUGCACGGCUCUUUGUGAAGGAAGGUGUAGACAAGAUCCGGCUCACAGGGGGAGAGCCGCUCAUUCGGCCAGACGUGGUGGACAUUGUGGCUCAGCUCCACCAGCUAGAAGGGCUGAGGACCAUUGGCAUCACCACCAACGGCAUCAACCUAGCCCGGCUGCUGCCUCAGCUUCAGAAAGCUGGUCUAAGUGCCAUCAACAUCAGCCUGGACACCCUGGUGCCAGCCAAAUUUGAGUUCAUUGUUCGCAGGAAAGGCUUCCACAAGGUCAUGGAGGGCAUCCACAAGGCCAUCGAGUUGGGCUAUAGCCCUGUGAAGGUGAACUGUGUGGUGAUGCGAGGCCUGAACGAGGACGAGCUCCUGAACUUUGUGGCCUUGACCAAGGGCCUCCCCCUGGAUGUGCGCUUCAUAGAGUACAUGCCCUUCGAUGGCAACAAAUGGAACUUCAAGAAGAUGGUUAGCUACAAGGAGAUGCUGGACACCCUCCAGCAGCAGUGGCCAGAGCUGGAGAAGCUGCCUGAGGAGGAAUCCAGCACAGCCAAGGCCUUUAAAAUCCCUGGCUUCCGGGGCCAGGUCAGCUUCAUCACAUCCAUGUCUGAGCAUUUCUGUGGAACCUGUAACCGACUACGAAUCACAGCUGAUGGGAACCUCAAGGUCUGCCUCUUCGGGAGCUCAGAGGUGUCUCUACGGGAUCACCUGCGGGCAGGGGCCUCCGAGGAGGAGCUGCUGAGGAUCAUCGGGGCCGCUGUGGGCAGGAAGAAGCAGCAGCAUGCAGGCAUGUUCAGUAUUGCCCAGAUGAAGAACCGGCCCAUGAUCCUCAUCGAGUUACCUUUGAUGCUCCAAGAUUCCCCACCAGCCAUUCCAAGCAUUUCCUCCCAGGACCCCUUUCACGUUCAGGGUAUAAGACACAGAGUGAGUUUCUCCAACCGGAUGUCGACUUGGUGGAAAGGAUGCUGGGUCUCCCGGACCCCUCCUCUGGGCCAACGGUGGUCCAACUCCCCUCAGAGACACUGCAGUUCCCACCUAGACUCAGAUGCCAACCCAAAGUGCCUUAGUGCAGUGUCCGGGGCUCCUGCCACCCCCUCAGGACCCCUGCCAACCUCGGACCAACUAACCCAUGUGGACACAGAAGGACGGGCAGCUAUGGUAGAUGUGGGUGGGAAGCCAGACACAGAGCGGGUGGCUGUGGCCUCAGCCGUGGUCCUCCUGGGGCCUGUGGCCUUCAAGCUUGUCCAGGAGAACCAGCUAAAGAAGGGGGAUGCCCUGGUGGUAGCCCAGCUGGCCGGAGUCCAGGCCGCCAAGCUGACUAGCCAGCUGAUCCCUCUGUGCCACCACGUGGCCCUGAGCCAUGUCCAGGUACGGCUGGAGCUGGAUGGUGCACGCCAUGCCGUGGGGAUCCGAGCAUCUUGCCGGGCUUGGGGCCCUACCGGGGUGGAGAUGGAAGCCCUGACCGCGGCUGCCAUGGCCGCCCUCACCCUAUACGACAUGUGCAAGGCUGUCAGCAGAGACAUUGUGUUGGGUGAGAUCAAACUCCUUAGCAAGACUGGGGGUCAGCGGGGGGACUUCCAUCGGACUUAGAGCUCUUGCCUCUCACCCCCAGCCCAGCCGGGUCAAGAUGGGAUGUGGUUCCAGCAAGUUCCUGUAACCCCAUCACUGUUUAUCUCCAAGGUCAGCCCACCCCUUUCCUGCUAUAUGAUCUAGAGUGACCAGCUCAGCCUCCUGUCAGCCUUCCUGGACACCACAGUCAUGGAAGGGGGUCCCCAUGAGCAGUGCUAGAGAACUGAAAAAUCACAUUGUCUGAAGUAGUCCCCAGAUAACACGUCCGGUUUCAGACAGCCUAGUCCCUAACUUCCACUUCUCAUUUUGGGUUUUCUCUUCUCCUUCUUUGGGAGAGAAUAAGGGCUCAUGAAGCAGAGGGAACCCACUUUGAGGAGGGAAAUGCACGGUUUGCAUUAAGAAUGUUCCACAAAUCCUCUAAAGCAGCUUUGCCUUCCUGAGCCUGGAGCUACAACCCCAUCCUUUCCUGCCUCUCCACCACCCCUCUGAAGGGGCCAGUUACCCUCUCCUUUUGCCUGAGUCUGUGUCCCAUCAAACUUGCAGGGUUUUGGCUUAACAAUUGCACUCAUCCUGCUGCCAGCUCCUUUUCCUAGGUCCCUUCCUCUUGAACAGGACACACAUGAGCAGUAGCCCUGGGGAUCCCUGACCCAAGCACAUAUCCCACCCCUGGCCCUGUGCACUGCUGUUCCACCCGCUGCCCACACCCCUUUAUUCUGGAACAUAUCAGGGAAAGAAGAGAGUUGAAGAUUGCCUUCACCCUCACAGCGCACAAAAUAAAGCCACGAUGCCAACUUUGGAGAUGCAAGAAUGAGGACUAUCUGUGCAGAGUGCACCGAGCUGCUGUGAAUUCAUGCCCACCACCACCCCUCCCCUCCGGGGGAAGAAGAGCAAGAAGGAUGCUAGAAAAGCCAAAGGGGCACAUUCUCUGAGUAUCCCUCGUCUUCCCUGUGGGAGAAGGUGGGAGUGGAGUGGGAGGCCCCAGAGAUGUACCCCCUGUAGUGGGUGUCAGGUGGCGGGCUCAUCACUGGUUUUGCUAUUAGAGAUCAAGGGGGUGCACUUAGAGGUUCCUGGUAUGCACAUCCCCAAACACUGGACUGGUUGGCUGGGCUCCCUUUGUAGAAUAGGCGGCUUUGGGUAUAUCCCCAGUGGCACCCCCUGCCUGCCUCCCCUCUGCCCUAUACCCCCGUAUGCUGGCGAAUGUUUGACAAGCAGCUCUUGGGAAAAGAAAAAGCCAAAUUCUUUGGCUGAUUUCAAGCUACCAAUACAAUGUGAAUUGGCUUGCAAAACUUUUGAAAAUGUAACAGUUGGUGCUCUCAGAGUUGAUAUGAACUGGCUCCAACCUCCUACUAGCUGUUGACCACUCCCCAGCACACCUCAAGUCCCCGCAUGGGAAGAAGGCAGGCUGGAUGGGGAUGGUACGGAUUUAAUAUUUUUUAGUAUUACAAUAUAUUCUUAUAAAAAUGGUGCAGGUAAAAAGGAUGCUGCAGAUUUUGUACAUUAGCCCCACUUGUCUGAGACAGCUUGGUGAAAGCAGCCGUGGCAUGGAGGCGUCCCUGGUAGAGGCUGGAGGAACAGUCAUGGCACCCCAGUUGGUAAAAAUGGGAUGGGGAUGGGGAGAGCCUGGACCAGACCCCUUCCCUCUCCAGCUGGAGAAUUUUUUUCCUCCUGCUGUCCCAAACAUGCCUGACUUCCCUCACCGGGGAGGAGGAGCGGGUGCUGCUGCCGAGAAGGGGACAGGUUGGAUUAGGUUAACUGAAUUUUACAAUGAACACAAAAUUAGACAGCUGGAGAAAUGUACCUGAAGGGGGCAGGUGGGGGAGAGAAGGACACAGGAAAGACUAAGGAACAAAUAUGGUAGGUGUAAACAUUUAGCAUAUCAAGAUACCAACUCGACCAUCUCCACGGGGCACCAGCCCGUCCUGGCUGACUCAGAUGUGAUGGUGCAUGGUCCAAGGCACUGUUGUAGAUCUGGCUAUUCUACUGGCCAGAGCUAGACAAUAAUAAAUAGAAAAGGAAAAAUCUUUCGGGGUGAGAAGCCUGAGCCCUGGAACAAGGUAUGUGUCCUCUGUAAACAGUUAAA